GGACAGAGACAGUAACAGUGUGUAACAGAACAGGAGCUUUAAUAUCUUUCUGAAGUGGAGUUGGUGUGGAGAUCUGUGAGAGUGAACUCAGGAUGAAGAUCCUCCUCAUCUUCACCCUCUGUCUGAUCUCAGAUGGAGGAGCCUCAAAGGAAGUAACAGGAUAUUCAGGAGGAGGAGUCCUUAUCAAGUGCAAGUAUGAUACAGAAUACAGACAAAACACAAAGUUUUUCUGUAAGGGUUCAUGGCCAGUCUGCUCUGACCCAAUAAAGACAGAUAUUAAAAACAAGUGGGUAAAUUCAGAAAGAUUCUCGCUGUUUGAUGACACCAAAUCAUCACUGUUCUGGGUGAUGAUUAGAGAGCUCACUGUACAGGACAGUGGGACUUACCAGUGUGUAGUUGAUAAACGUUCAGCGAUUUACACACCGGUGGGACUGAAGGUAAAGGAAGAUCUGUCCUAUAAGAAGUUCAUCAGUGAGAGGGUUCAUGUAGGAGGCAAUUUGACUGUCAGCUGUAAAUACCCAGAAUCUCUCAGGAGUGACCCCAAAUUUCUCUGCAGGAUGAGGCUGCUAAAUUUGAGUUGUUCUUAUAAAGACGAAAUUAGAAUAAAUGUAACUAAUGAAAAAUUCUCCCUGUAUGAUGACAGAGCAAAACAAACCUUUAAUGUGACUAUUAAAAAUGUAACUGAGCAGGACUCUGGUGAAUACUGGUGUGGAACUGAAGCAGCCUGGACAUCUGAUCAUGGAUACAAGGUUUAUUUCACACGGAUCAACCUGACAGUUAUACAGAUGAAACCUGAAUUUCCAUCUUCCAUUGUGAUCACUGUGUCUGUAGGUCUGCUAGUGCGGCUUCUGGUUGGAGUCUUAGUCCUUCUUGUUUUUUUUGGCAAGAUUCAAGGAGGAAAAGCCUCUAUUGACAAAUGUUCUGUUCACAGCUCAGGAAACAACCAAGAGUAUGAGGAAGUUAAAGAUACCAGAAGGCUUUCUGCCUCAGAUGCUAUGAUUUUCACAGUUUACGCUUCUGCUCAGCUACCCACAAUCCCCUCGGAGCCUUCCCACACUGUUUAUUCCAACAAAAAGUUCCCUACAAGCUCCUGUGAUUCUACUGUUUACUCUACUACUCAACUACCCACAAUCCCACCUGAUCAGGAUGUCUACUCCACAGCUCAGUUCCCCACAGAUCUCUCUGAUACCCCAGAUAGUGCUGCUCAGCAGUCAGCUGAGGAAACUGCUGAAGAUCUUUAAGGCGCAAACUCACACUGCAGUGAGUUCCACAGCAACACCACCAGCUCUGGAUGAUACAGUUCCAGAGAUUAUUUUUAAUAAGGAAGAGAACUUGUGCGACUGACACAUUCAGUCACAUACAUUUUGAUUAGAUUAUCAUCAUCAGGGUUUUGAAAAUGCAGCAGAAAUUCUACUCUGUGUUCAGAUAACCUUUCUUAUUCUUAUUUUUAUUCUUACUCUCCAUUCUUCUACAGACACGCUAUAUGUGGAGCAAUGACUGCAAUGUGAACAGCAAGUUCUAGUAUAAGAUAUCUGUAUCAAAGUUAUGGAGGUGAUACAACAUCACCAUGUGUCUGAAAAAAGCUCCAAGCCCUUAGUUUGUGCCUAUACUUAUAUUCUGGGCUAUUGUUCAUGAUGUGUGAAUCUUAUUCCUGAUCUGGGUUACUGGUGGUCCUUUAGCCUCCCUUCCUGUUUCAUGCUCUAAAGCAUGAAAGUACAGAAUCUGUAAAGCCCAGCAGACUGAUUUGAAAGCAUUUGGUAUUGUCCUCUCUCAUAAUUGCACAUUGUGGGCUAUUGUCCUGUGUUUAUAUUUUAUUAUUUU